GCGGAGGUGAGAGGACAUAGUGUCGAUAUAGUUUGCGAUCAUUGUUUUCAAUGUUUUUCUUGUUGAUAGCAUUUCGUGAGUGAAUUGACAAUAAAUUAAACUAAACAAGUGUUUUAUAAUUGGAACAAAAUCAGUGCACGUGUUCAGUAAUUGAAAAAUAGAAACAUUUGCGCAAUUGUUUAAGCGAUUCGAUGUCAAUAAACUUGUCGGUGAUAUUUUAUGGGAAAGGUGUGCCGCGUCGCUAAUACCUGUUCGCGGCGACAGGGUGCAUGAGGUCGGAGCAUUGGCGGAGGCGGUCGGCGCCUGAGCGUGGUGCGAUGGUAGAAGUGAGAUAAACAAGAUGAUUUCGAGUUUCCCGCGUGCGUCAGGUAACAUAGCAAGGCACCUUGGAACCGCGGCGGGUUUGAGAACAUGUGAAUACACCGUGUUCCACUGGGCUACAAAAAGACUGAUUCACUCGGAUGCCUUAUCGACUAGAGACGCAAGAUGAUCGUUUCAAUAUUUUUGUAGCGACUUUUUGGGAGAUAUAUCGAUAUUUUUGGAUGUUAUUUUAUAGCAUAUAUAUUAAUGCAGUGCUAGUGUAGUGCAGUGAACUAUCGAUAAGUGGGUGAUGUCAGUAGUUGUACGAUGAACGCAAUGAACAGCGAGGGUGAGGCGGUGAAGGUGGAAGGAGGUCGCAUUUCCGUGACAACUAUCAGCAUGCCUGGACCAAAUACGAGUAGUGGCCAAUUCUCGUACAGUUCGAGCGGGAUCCGGAUCAGCGUGUCUUCAGACCCUCACGAUGAAGACUCGACUGAUGCUGAGAUCUCCAAAAUUGACUUCACGCAACAUCCAUCUGAGGUGAACAUGCGUAACAAGAAAAAGCGAUCGUCAGGUUGCGAUGGUCCCCUUGAGCAGGAGAGACCGAUGUCCUGGGAGGGCGAGCUUUCUGACCAUGAAAUGGUCAUAGACACCAGUGUUAAUAAUGACGAGACAAGCAACUUAGACCUCCAGUCCUCUCGAGAUUCCAUAGACACACUGCGCAAUGUGACGAUAAAAUCGGAAACGGUCAAGACCGAACCGUUCCAAAGUCUGGAUGAUGAUCGAGUGCUGGACCUGAAGUAUGCGCCAUUGCAACCGCAUCAGAGAAGCCUCAGUAUGAAUAGAAUAUCAGUCCUAACAGACAGUACAUCUCUAUCCCUUGCCCGGCGGCCAUCUUCACCGACGAGCAGUGCAAAGUCCCUGGCCCUGUCCGACCAGUAUGAACACAUGUCGCACAUGGCCAGUGGAAUGACUGAGGUCCAGAACUUGACUAUAAAGAAGGAAACUCAAUUGAAUGAAUUAAAAUGCGAGCCACUAGGCAUGGAGAAGCUGCUAGGAGCUCACGGGUCGCCGCUGCUCGGCCGCCUGCCGAGAGUGCAGUCCAGCGCCAGUACUGACUCCGCCGUACAUUCCAUGUACACGCAUAGUGUAUACAGCAGUCCGUCAGCGAGCCCGCGUCCGUCCCGUCACUACACGCCGUCCCUUUCUCGCAACAAUAGUGACGCGUCACAUUCCUCCUGCUACUCUUAUAGCUCGGAGUUUUCGCCUACACAUUCGCCAGUACAGAGCCGUCACCCACACGUGGUAUACCGCGAAGCAGCAGUGUACCCAGCUUCACCAGCACACGAUGAAGACACGGAGCAGACUGAUGAGCGACUGCAUCACCACCAGGGGAUCAGCAGGCAGCAGCUGAUUAACAGCCCCUGUCCAAUAUGCGGGGACAAGAUCAGCGGGUUCCACUACGGGAUCUUCUCGUGCGAAUCGUGCAAGGGUUUCUUCAAGCGCACGGUACAGAACCGCAAGAACUACAUGUGCCUGCGCGGGGGCAACUGCCCCGUCACUGUGGCCACGAGGAAGAAGUGCCCAGCCUGCCGGUUUGAUAAGUGCCUCGGAUGUGGAAUGAAAUUGGAAGCGAUCCGCGAAGACCGAACUCGUGGUGGCCGCUCUACAUACCAGUGUUCAUACUCUCUAUCCGGUGCCGCGUCUACCGGCUCGCUGCUCUCUGCGCACGCGCCAGCUACACUGCGUCACGCGUCUAGCCUCACUUGCGUAAAUGGUCCAGCAUCAUACAGCAGUCGAGGGGAGUCCAGUAGCAGUCGACUCACGCCUGAUAUACCGCCAUUAUUACAGGAAAUAAUGGACGUCGAACACCUCUGGCAGUACAACGAGUCAGAACUGAACCGUCUCGGCAAGUCGAGCGGCAGUCCGUCCGCCAACCCGCUGCUAGCGGCCAGCGGUAUCACUGCACAGAACUCUAGUGCAGAUUUCCUAGCUGACCUGUGUAAUAUAGCGGACCAUAGACUGUACAAGAUUGUAAAGUGGUGCAAGAGCUUGCCGCUGUUUAAGAAUAUUUCGAUCGACGACCAGAUCUGCCUGCUGAUCAACAGCUGGUGCGAACUACUGGUGCUGUCGUGCUGCUACCGCGGGGUGAGCACGCCGGGCGAGGUGCGCGUGGGCGGCGGCCGUGGGAUCACGCUGCAACAGAGCGCCAAGUACGGUUUAACGCCAUGUAUCGAACGAAUGCUCAGUUUCACCGACCACUUGAGAAGAUUGCGGGUAGAUCGAUACGAAUAUGUCGCGCUUAAAGUCAUCGUACUACUCACUUCAGAUGCGCCAGAACUGCGUGAAGCGGAGAAAGUGCGAGCAUCCCAAGAGAAAGCUUUAGCUGCGCUACAAGCCUACACAGCAACACACUCGCCCGACACGCCUGCUAAGUUCGGCGAGCUGCUGCUGCGCAUUCCUGAGCUGCAAAGGACCUGCCAGUUCUUCAUGCAAGUCGGCAAAGAAAUGAUGAAUCCAACGAACAAGAAAGACGGUGAGUCGCCGAGUUUCAACCUGCUAAUGGAACUUCUGAGAGGUGACCAUUAAUUUCGAAUUCUAGUACGAAUUGGGACAGUCCCAAAUUAAAAAGAUAUUGCUCAAGUAUGAAAUGUGUAUAUAGUUAUGGAUAAUUUGGAAUUUCAUCGAGUGAUAACUGCCGUUGUAGCUUCUCGCCUUGAUAAUAAGACUGCAAGCCUAAAGGUUACGGUGCCAAUAGUUUUGUAUUUUUAUGGAAUGUAUGAAUUCGCAAUAAUAUGAAUAUAUUGUAUAGGUUCUGCUCUAGAUUAAUCGAUGUAUUUAUAACAGCUUACGAUGCUCUUAAUGUCACUUAUUUUUAUUUUUUUUAUGUCACGGACAAGUUCGUACAAAAGGUGUCUAGGUUUUUUAGUCAUAUUCUACCCGAAUCUUUUUUCCGUUUUACAAUAGGUAAAAUGUUCAAUUAACUUUUAUUUUGAUAAAAAUUUUAAGGAUGAUUUCCUUAAUAUUUAAAGGUAUUUAAAAUAAAUGAUUUUUUUUAUUUUUUGUAAUUAUUUUCAAUUAUAGUUUUGCAUACGGAUUACCGUGACAUUAUCUAAAUAAAUAGAACUUACACUGCCAUGCGCUUUUAUACACCAUAGUAAAUAGUAUAUAGGCAAAGGGAACAAUAAUUAUAUGCGUAUGUAUAAGAAUAUUUAAAAUCCUUAAUGCCUUGAUAUAAAAAUA